AUGGCGUCUCUUCAUUUCGUGCUAGAUUCAACCAUCGACGGCAGGUCGUUGGCGAUCGUCAAAGAAGCUCUUCAGCGUUUCGGACAUUUGAUUGCUAUCGGUCAGCCUCAUUCGUGGAACCAUGGUGGAAACACCACUCCGAGCGUAUCGGUCCACCACAACCGAUGGGUUCCUGAGUCCAGCCACUUUGAGCUUAUCCAGGUGUACCCAGCAGCCGAGAAACCCAACCAGACGUUUGGAUUGAGGGAGUUCAACCAUGCGCUGUCAGCCGCAAACCUCGCUCAGUCGGCCACCUCUUUGGCGCAGAGGCUACAACGAAGCCUCAGCGUCUCGCCGCCUAACCCUGGCGGCUCUGAUGCGGCCCCAUCAAACCCGUUUCUUAUGGAAGCGGGAGGAGAAGCUGGCGGUGCUGAACAGUUUCGCAGUGGAGGAGUUGGCAGUCAGAUGGCUUUUCUCGCAUCCUUGCUGCGAAUGACUACCCAGCCAAAUGCUCGGGGAAGCGUAGUUGAAGAAGCUGACAAUGGAGAGUCAGUACCGCAGAUUGCUACAUCCAAGCUGCUGGCAGGAGCAAGCUGCAAAGUCAUUUUCGUCUGUGGGUCCAUACUGCAGGACCCCUCCGAUGAGAGCUUCCACUCAGCCGUGAUGGAAGCUGCCACUCGAUGUGUCUCUGUUGACUUCCUUGUAGUCCAGCCUGCUACGGGCAACAAAGCAAACCACCACAGGACGCGAUCUGGGUAUUCAGGCGAUGUUGGUUCUCCUCCAACCAGCCAUUCAUCAAGGCUGGAGGAGCUGGAGGACGCAGUGUCGGGCUAUGAGAACUGCUCCCUGCACUGCAUGCCAUGCGAUCCCGUGCAGCUGGAUGCUCACACAAAGCGCUGGCUGCAGCACCUGCAUUCAUGUGGCGCAGACACCACCAUCGAUUUCGCCCUUCAGUUUGGAACGUCCAAGGCGAAGAGCAAGAGGACCCAGGGAGACAACACUGGUGCAGGGGCAGAGAGGGCGGCGGCUCCACUGAGCAUAACCUGCUCUGCGCAUCCAACGGUGCUGCAAUUGCACGACACCAUUCAGCCGUGCCUGACGUGCCGCUGUCACGGAGUGCCUCUGCUAUUCCCUUCCACCUUACCCAGCCCCUCAAACAGCAGACCCAGCCCCCCCUCGGCUCGCUCCUCCAACCCGUCCCUGCCUCUCGCCAAGGCACCAAGCCUGCGCUGCCCAGUCUCGGGGCAGAGGCUGGAUGCCAGUGACGUGACCAGUAACACCGUCCUGCUGGGAGCUCCAGGCAGUGGAGGGAGACGGAGAAGUGGUGGUGGUGGUGGCUCAUGGGACGGGGAUCCUGGGGUUGACGCUAGCAGGAUGUCAAGGGAGAGCGGUGGAGGGGAGGAGGAGGUUUGGAGGAGGGGGUCUCGGGGGAGAUCGAGAGGAGGGAGGGUGGGGAGGGAUGACGUGGGUGAUGCGAGCGGUGGUGGGAGUGGAGGGAGGGGAACGUUGCUGCACUUGCCGUCGUUUAAGGCGGCUAUGGAGGCUCCUCGGCUGCAUGGGGGUGGCACCCCUGCUGUGCCUCUGACUGUGGUCAAGCGAGUGCCGCUGUCGUCAGUCAGCGAAGGUCUCAUAUUUGGCCUCCCGCACGUCCUCAUGCCGUCUCAGAAUCUGGAGCUAGACUUCUCCAACAGCACAGAGCUCUCCGAGAUGGAGAGGAACGAGCACGCCUUUGCUGCGCUGUGUCGCUCGCUGAACCAGCAUGACAACGGGCUGCUGUGCUCCAGCCUCGUCAAUGCAGACACGCGAAUGGACGUCUCCUUCCCCUGCUACUACCUCCUGCUGCCCACCGAAGCUGGAUCGCUUCUCCUGCGGAGGGUGGCUUCAGCAGAGGAGCUGCUGCCCCUGCCACCACGGCCGGUCAGCAACCACGGGGAGGAGGACGAGGAGAAAGGGGAAGUGGUGGCUGCUGCUGUCGACUUGGCACUGUCUCAGCUGGAGGAGGAGGCGUUCAACCCAGUGGAGGUGGAGCGGGGCUGCCACCAGCGCCUGCAGUGGCUACUCAAAGAGAGCUUGUACUUCCAGCCCAUACCUCCAGGUCGCCAGGGCUCCAACCUGCACUCUGUCUCGCAUGGCUCUCGCUCCUCUUCACGCUCCCCCUCGUCCUCGUCACCGUCUGCCACCGCUGCCACCACAUCUGAUACUCAGGGAGGGGGUUCCCCUGCUCAGCUCGCUGCUGUCUCAGGGAGAAGGGAGAGAAGGAGGUCUGCCUCUUCGUUGCUCGUUGCUGCUGCUGGAGCUGCUGCUGCUGCUUCCGGCGCUGGCGCUGGGGCUGGUGGUGGGAGGGGGGCACUUCCUGUUUCUGCCUCAAUGGAUCAAGAGUGGGAAUCUGGGAAGCCCUCCUUCCAGUCACCUUCCUCUGGUGCUAUCUCAUCCUCCCCCUCCCACCGCAAGCUCUUCCCGUACCUCUCUGCACCCCCUCGUGCGCCUUCCCCCUCCCGGCCCUCCUCUCGCUUCAUUGUCACUACUUCGUCUCCUGUAAAAGGGCAUCCGGCAGGGAGAGCAGGGGCAGAAGCCAUGGGUCGCAUGGAGAACACAGUCGACAUAGGAAAGGGUAUUGACCCUGCCACUGCAACUACCAGUGCUUCUGCUGCUGCUGCUGCUGCUGCUGCUGCAGUGCGUGCUCCAGCACAGUCACUACCAGUGAACAGAGGGUUCCUGAGCACCCCUCCUGCAGAUGGGGACGAAGAUGAUAUUGAGGAAGGCGGAUCAGCAGCAUGGGCUGUCGAGCUAGAGCGCCUCUCGAGCGGUGUGGGCAAGGGCGCAAAUGGGGAUGCUACCAGGUUCGCAGGCGACUUGGGGGAAGAGCAGCAGAAGAUGCAGGCUGUGCAAAUGCUGCCCGAGCUGCAGCUCCCUCCCUCCAGAUCCGCCCACCCCCAGAAUGCACCGGCUGCUCAUCUCUCAGAACGGACUGCUCCCUCAGGCUACUCGCGCCCUUCUCCCCCUCCAGCCUUGUCAGCAGACUCUCGUAUCCGGCUGGCACGAAGGCAAACAGCAGAAGUGGCCCCCCUGUCCGCCCCUGUGUCCGCCCCUCUGCAAGACAGCAGCAAUCUGCAGCCGCAGGCACAGACAGCUCUGGCCGUGCAGAGAAACCCUGUAGACAAGCCUCAGUUCUCCCAGGCACCCAGAUUUGCGUCUAUUCCAGGCAUGCAGAGGGCUGGCAUGGGUGGUGGGAGGUACGUUCAACGAGUGCCUGGGGCACCUGGGCUUGGAAACUCUGAGUUGAGCAGGAGGGGAGGUGAUGCUGGGACGGAGGGUGAGAGGGCAUCAGGUAAGGGGUCCAGAAAAGGGGGGUUCAGGAGAAUUCGUCAGGGAAAAAUCUGA